AUGAAGGCCUUAUUAGGUAUAAUAGGAGACACAUUAGAUCUAAUUGCUAUUGGUGCUUUCUUCUCUAAUACAGCAUCUAAUAGAAUUAUUGAUUCAGAGGAUGCAUUAGAUCAUUGUACACAUUUAUUGGUUGGUGUUUUACAUCCAGAUGAUCCAUCUAAAGUUAUUCCCUUCUGUAGGGUGGGUGGUUUAUCUGCUGCUCAAUUAUCUGAAUUACGUGCUAGAUUACAUAAGAAGAUAAUUCGUCUUAAUUGGGUAGUAUACACGCUCCCUCAUGCAGCAGCAAAGUUAGACAUAGAACAGACUGCAGCAGAGCAGCAACAGCAGCAGCAGCAGCAACAGCAGCAGCAGCAGCAACAGCAGCAGCAGCAACAGCAACAGCAGCAGGGGGAGGUGCACCAGGAAGAGGUGCAGCAACAGAAGGAGCAGCAGGAAACGAGUUCUUCUUGUCCGUCAAGAGGCACACAAGAAGCAACAGCAGCAGCAACAGCAGCAGCAGCAGCAGCAGCAGAGACACCAGACCCUCUUCUUGCAGCUGUAUCAAGAGCAUUAGAGAAGCAGCAGCAGCAGCAGCAACAGCAGCAGCAAGAACAACAGGAACAGCAGCAGGAGCAGCACGAAGAGCAACAACAAGAGGAACAGCAGCAGAUUAGCAGCAGCAGCAGCAGCAGCAGCAACAGCAGCAGCAGCAACAACAUUGGUGAUCUCCUUGAUUCUUUAGCUCUUAUCCCUCCCCCUAAGAGGCUACGCCAAUCUGCUGCUUCCUUACUGUCUCCAACAGCAGCAGCAGCAGCAGCAACAGCAGCAACAGCAGCAGCAGCAACAGCAACAACAACAGCAGCAACAACAGCAGCAGCAACACGAAGACGGGGCACUACCAGGGUGUUGGGGUCUCCUCACAGACUAGUAGAGCAUUUGCUGCCAGCAGCACCAGCAGCAACAGCAGCAGCAGCAGCAGCAGCACCUGCUGCUGCUGCUGCUGCUGCUGCUGGUUUGCCGCUGCAGGGUAAGGAGUUAUGGAUACUAGAAGGAGAUAAGGAGACACCUAAGGAGACACUGGAGGUAAUUGCUGCUGCUCUUGGUGCUGCUGUGCUGCAGUACCCAAUUAACAACAACAGCAGCAGCAGCAGCAUGCAUCAGCAGCAGCACCAGAAGCUUGCUGCUGUUACACCAGGAGGAUCACCUUCCUCCAGUGGCUCAGCAGGCAGUCACCUGCAGCAACAGCAGCAGCAGCAAGGUGGUGCAGCAGCAGCAGCAGCAGCAAGGAAUUCGCCUGUAGAGGAACGAAAACCUUCACGUACAUGGAGGGCAAUCACAGCAGCAGCAGCAGCAGCAGCAGCACACGACGUAAGAACGCCUAUCCACCACCGCACUGCUGCUGCUGCUGCUGCGGCUGCUGCAUCAGCACAAGCAACAGCAGCAGGAGCAGCAGCAGCAGGAGGGGAAGCAACAGCAGCAGAAGAAGGGGAAGAAGGGUACACAAUAAAGGAGACAAAAGAUUUGCUGCUUGCUGCUGCAGCACAAUCUCAUGAACAUGCUUCUUCUGCUCUUAGGUUAUGCAAUACCUCUUAUUUCUUUAAUGAUGAACAGGCAAAAGCAGCAGCAGCAGCAGCAACAGCAGCAACAGCAGCACCAACAGCAGCAGCAGCAGCAGCAGCAGCAGCAGGGGGCCCUUCCUCUGUGGAUAUGCCUUGGGAGCCGCCUUCUUGCUGCGCUGCAGCAGCAGCAGCAGCAAAGAAGAAGUUUUUGCUGCUGCAGCAGCGAACAACCAAGGCUCUAUACACCUGGGUUGGAGGAUGUCGUGCUGCCUCCCCUUCAACUGCUACACACAUUGUGGAUGACAACCAGCAGCAGCAGCAGCAGCAACAGCAGCAGCAACAGCAGCCUGCUGCAGCAGCAGCUGCUGCUGACCGUUCCCUUUCUUGGCAAGAUGUUGACAACGAGGUGCGGCAGGUUAUAGCAGCAGCAGCACGUACUCAUACAGCAGCAGCAGCAGCAGCAGCAGCAAGUGAUGAUAAAGGAGAAGCAGCAGCAGCAAGUACUGGAGGAGACAGAUUACUUUCUCUGUCUUUCUCUGCUGCUGCUGCUGCUGCAGCAGCAUCAGCAGCAGAAGGAUGA